GGGCCGCGCCUCUCCCGGCCCGCGGUGCUGCUCGACGGCGCCGUCUACGACUUGAGCAUCCGCGACGGCGACGUCGCUGGCCCCGGCCCGAGCCCCGGGGGUCUCGAGGAGUGGCCAGACCCUAAGGACUGGAGCUUGCAGGACACGGACGCCUUCGUGCUGGUCUACGACAUCUGCAGCCCGGACAGUUUCGACUACGUGAAGGCCCUGCGGCAGCGCAUCGCGGAGACCAGGCCGGCGGGCGCGCCC